AUGGCUGAGGAGUCCUCCAGUAUGGCGUCACGUCAAGAGUUGCUGGACCAACAGCACUUUACCGCCGAAAAGUUCGACUUUUUCCUCCCGGGCGCGCCGCACGAGGGUGACUUCCGUGCAGAAGCGCUGAAACCGAAGUCUCGACUAGGCGCUUUUCUCCACGACAUAUAUUCCCACAGAGGCAGAAGAAUGAAGAUCACGGGCACUCAAAUGAUCACUCUUACACUCCUGUCGUUCAAGUCUCGGAAGGCGACCAAAGCAGAGAUAGUCCAACGUGCUACCGAACUGCUCAACUUUCAUCGACGUUAUUUCCUCCGAACCCAAAUAGCAAUGGAGUCUUACUCCAACCAGCUCAUCGAUGCGAUGGAAGCUUACCUGCUUGAAGAGAGUACCCAAUACGAUGUCAAGUUCCCGCCCGAGGGCCAUGAUCGGCUCCGAUCAGAGCCAAGGACUUCAGAGAAGGAGGCGGACAAGACCCUCUGGCCACUUUGGGCACGCGGAGUUGGCGCUGAGAUGGUAGAAGAGGAGAAAGAUCCGAAGGGCGAGAUGCGCUACAACUGCGAUUACGGCAAACCCUUCAUUGAUUGGUUUGACCAAACCGGCCGCGAAAUGGAUCAUCGCCGACUUGCAGGAACUGGACCAGACCAGUGCGUCUACACACUGCCCCCGGGCAUGGAAAACAACAUCUUCGCCAAAUUCUACGACACACAGAUCAUGAACUCCAACGCGAACUUGAACACAGGAUUUGGACAACAUAUCGCACGCGAUUACUUCAGCGAGCUUCCAGGAGAACUCAAGCUCAAAAUCGUCCGACUGGUGCUACUGUUUCCCACCAAAGUCAGGAUCCAAGCCACUACUUUUCUUCAUGAAGACUGGCGCCCUGACCAUUGGCGUCGGGACUUGAGCCACUCCCAAGCCAUGGACCUUUCUGUAUACAAAUUCUCAUCACUUGUGAAGGUGCCGAAGCUCAUGCUUCCUUCCAACGCUGAACUAGUCAAAAGGCCUCAAUACUACUGGACGAUGGAACCUCCUGCAACCAUGUUAGCGUUGUUAGCAGUCAACAAAGUCAUGCACGGAAUUGCGAAGCCCGUUUUCUACAGCGAAAACUACUUCGAGAUCAAGGACGGCUAUGCCUAUCCACAUACCUUUGUAGUAGGACAUACGAUAAGUGGCGAACAGCUUACGCAUCGGUUCUUGGAGCUCAUGAGCCAAUCAAAGGCACGCGAUGGUACUCCUCGAUACGGCCCUCGUCCAACAGAUCUUAUGCGCAAGGUCAACGUUGACAUGGAGAUCUAUUACCCAGACUCCGGUCCAAAUGGUUCACAGGAGCCAUGGCACUUUGAACGCAUAGUGAACGCUUUGAUCACGAUGCCCCAUCUCCAGAAACUCGUUAUCAACGUCGGCAUGUUAUGUAUGAACUUUCUCAGGGAGUACAUGGAGGUCGAUGAGUCUGUCAAUCUGUUCAUACAACCAGAGGUGUGGCCAGGAUGGCGGAAGCUACCUUGGGCGGCAUCCGCAAUUCCUGUUGAGAACGGACAGGAUGGGAAGUCAGCGGCCGGACUCAAGGUCUUUAUCCCCGAAAAUCGCAAGGUGCAGAAGUGGCUUCAAGACCUCAUCAACAUGCCCGAUGAGGCGCCAGCGAAGAUUGUUCACAUCGUAUCCGAGGAUUGGUCUACCGAGGAGUGUCCUUCUGGGCUGAUUACUCAGGGCCUGCAGAAAGCUGAACAGCGCUGGAGGAAGGCCUGCAAGGACGACAAGGUUAUGGAAGGAGAAGACGAGAGCACUGAGUAG